CUGUUCGCACUGUAAGCACAGACACAAAUUUCAAGUAAAAUUUAUUCGAAACUUGUGCAAUCAAUAAUAAUAAUUUAUUUAAUUUGACAAAAAUUCAGUGUCCACCAUGGCGCAGGAACUGCCCACCAGCACCAGCAUCGAUGAGGAUGACGAGGACUUACAUCUUCAAAACGACGCGGCGGAGAUUGCACGCCUAGAGUUGCCCGCUCAGAGCGAGCCUCAGGUGCAGGAGCAGGCGGAUGAUGACGAACGCAUUGCCAGAAUUGAGUUCCACUGCAGCUCCUGCGACAUGCACGAAAUGGUCCAUUACUACGGAACAGAGCCGCCUUUUGCUCUCGGCGUCAGAUUUCGUGAGGACAGCUUUGUUAUGCGUGAUCCAUUCCAGGCACCGCCACCUCGCUGGCAAUCCAAGCCAGAGUUUUAUGUCGCCUUGGGCGUCAAUUGCUCGAUCUGCUCCAAAGUGGUUUGCAAAGAUGCCACCUGUAGUUUCUACUACACUAAAACCUACUGUUUGCCCUGUGGAAGUGCCCAACUCAAGUCCUGGCCCGUGGAGGCACAAACUCGUCUUCGCAAGCAACUGGCGGCCAAGCAAAGUAAUUGAAUCCAGUUCCCAUCAUAAAUAUUAGAAUAAAAUGCAUUCAUAAA